UGAGUUUUCUCAGACGCUGCCAGCGUCAGGGCUCUCAGUCUGACUCACCCACACGUCUCAAGAGGCCACUCUCCGUCGAUGUUCCCUCCGUUGAGUCUGGAUCUAGUGCGGAUCCGCCGUCGGCUCGGCCUUUAAGCGAGGCGCAUAUUGAGUUUCACUCUCGACUUAAUCUCACAACCCGGACACUCCAAUGCAAUCCACCUUCGUCCUCCCGCCGGCCUCGCUGACGCCGGCUUCCAUACGGCGCGCCAUCCCACCCCACCUGUUCCUGCGCUCGACGCUGAAGAGCACGGCGUACAUCGCGCGGCAUAUCCUCAUCGGGGUGCUCUUCUACGCUCUGGCCUGCCGUAUCCCAGUCGGAUGGAGUCUGAGUGUCAGAGUGAUGCUGUGGACGAUGUACGGCGCGUGGCAGGGGUUCGUCUUCGCUGGGAUCUGGUGUCUUGGACACGAAGCAGGUCAUGAUGCGCUGUCACCUCACCGGCUUGUGAACACCGUGCUCGGGCUCAGUCUGCACACGUUCGUGCUCACGCCGUAUUUUGCGUGGCGAGCAACGCAUCGGGCGCACCAUAAGGGCACAAAUCAUCUGGAUCGCGACGAGACGUAUCUACGUGGGUCCCCCGACCAGUCCUGUUGCCCCGACGUUUGCACACCAGAUUCCAGCUCCAUACCGAGGGGACCUGGGCUUGCCCCCGGCUUCGACUGCGCGUCUAGAAGACUACACGGACGUAUUAGACGAUACCCCAGCAUACACGCUGUUCAAGCUCGUCGUGAGGCAGUUCCUACUCAUCCGCAUCCCCAAGAGGAUUCCAGCUUUACUUACUGUGCGCUCAUUCUGGCACUUCUCUCUCCGCAUCCAUUGACCGACACACGCAGCCAUAAUCGGAAAGGAAAUCGCAAAUAUCCUCCCUGCACCAGUGUCUCAUUACAAUCCCAGCUCGGGACUGUUCCGCUCCUCUCAACGCCUGUCGAUCCUCGUGUCCGAUGCCGCGGUGCUCGUUAUGCUCGGUCUUCUUUGCCUUUUCGCGUGCCGGGCAGGGAUUGGUGCCCUGGUAAAACUAUACAUCCUUCCGUGGCUGGUGAGCUCAUCCGACUACGAAAUUCCGCGGCGAUCAACCUGAUUCGUAGUUUGCGCAUAAUUGGUGUGUCGCCUCGAAUUUUCGAUGAUGAAGACGGAGUGAACGAGUUAUGGAUGGGCAGGAUCGUCACUGUGACAUAUCUGCAGCACGCUUCGCCCGCUGUGCCGUACUACCGCUCGCCGGCAUGGACAUUCACGCGCGGGUCGCUCGCGACUGUGGAUCGGCCACUGUUCGGCUGGGUCGGCCGGUUCUUUCUGCACCAUAUCGGCUCAGACCACGUGGCACACCAUUUUUUCAGUGGAAUACCAUUCUAUAACCUCCCUGAGGUGACACGUGCAAUCCGUCCUGUUCUCGGCGAGCAUUAUCGAUAUGACGAAACGCCAGCGUUGAUUGCACUGUGGACAACCUUCACACAAUGCAAAUUCGUUGAGGACGAGGGCGAUGUAUUAUUCUUCAAAAACGCCGAGGGAAGGAAUGCAGUUGAGGAAAUCAUGCAGUGAAACCAGACUAGCCGCUCCCGAGUCUAUGUAAAUAUGCGCACUGUCAGGGGUAUAAGUACCUGUUUGGGGCGCUUAGUCUCAUAUAAAAUAUUCCAACCUCUAUCCUGAAUCUCAGUGCGUUCGAUUGAAGGAGGCUCCUCGGAAGCCAUGUUCCUCACUACUCGGUUUCUUAUAUGUGUAAUGAAGCCGGUAGCCAAAUGACAUGUUUCAUGCAACCUUGUU